AUGAUGAUAAUUUCUGAACUAAAAGUUGAGGGUAUUGGAGGCCCCUUACAGGUUAGAAUACUACGCAAAUGGAAACACGAUAUCCGCCAAUACGAAACUUGGUACCUGGUUGUCAACAAAUAUGCGGAUGCAAUCCAAAUUCUUGGACAGCGAACAAACCAGACCUACAUUGAAUCUGUUUUCAAUGUUACACAAUGUUAUAUUAUAUCGGACUAUAGUUGCCCCAAAUUAGACAGGUAUCAAAAGGUUCUAGAAAACGAUAUCUAUAUUGACGUUGGUCUGAAGUCCAGCAUACAGCGAAUUCCAGACACAAUCACAAUUCCAAAAACCUGGUUUUGUUUUGUAUCAAAGUCACAACUGAUUGAACUUGGAGAAGCACCACCAUACUAUCCAAGUUUUCUCUAUGUUAUCCAUAUAACUUAA